GCCACAUAUGACAGUCGCAGGUACAUUUUUGACGCGUGUGGUGUGAAACUAGCCAAAAGGAAUCCCAAAAUGAAGAAUCAGCAAGUGUUGGUGGACUACUGGACGAUGCUUAAGACAUCCGGACUGUGCCUGCUGCUGGCAUUCUGUGGAUUCGUACUGCUCAAAAUGGUGCAGACUGUAUUCUGGCUGCCGGGGCACCUGAAGAAGAACCAACAGCGCCUGGAGGAAAUGGCCAAGCAGUAUGCCAAGGAGAUUGGGGACGAUGAGCGGGCCGAAAUAGAGAAGCUCUUCAACAGCAGCGAGCCGCUGACAGAGGAGCGCAUCAACCAGUUGCUGGACAAGCCGGCGGAGCCCAAGAAGGAGCAGUAGAGCAGAUU